ACCAUUGAUAUGGAGAUUCCUGAAGGAAGAAGAGAUGUAGCCAGAACCGAUGGAGAGAACACGACCAGUUCUUCGGUUGUGUUUAUAACCGUAGCAGCCGUGGCAAUAGUUGGACCGCUUGUGGGUCUGAUGAGUUUCAGCCUCGUCGCGACCAUGACUCUGUUUCUUAUCGUUUCUCCGUUGAUGCUGAUAUUUGCUCCUGUGUUGAUGGCAACGGUGGCGAUUCUUGUGGCAGCUGUGGUGGGUGUUGGGGUGGCUGCAGUCAUGUGGUUAGUGGGGAUUGCCGCUUUGGUUUGUUGUGGACGAGAGAUUGGUGUUGGAACCGGAGUUGCUGAGAGGAUGGUUGAAUCGGUGGUGAGAGAAUUAGGUUAUGGUCGGAGUCGUUACUUCCAAGACAAGUGAGAUGAUGGUUCUUCAGGCUUACGUUUCUUUCUUUUUCAAUCUUGGAAAAAGCGGCCGUCUCAUGAUUCAUGAGAUUUGAAGUGAAUAAAGAAAGUUGAAAACAAAGAAGUGAAUAAAGAAAAAACAA